AGGUAUUUGAAGUAAACGACGCUGUUUGUCUUCUUAAUGCAACAUACAAAACGACACGAUAUACCAUCCCGUUGUUCUUUUUAGUCGUUAAAACCAAUGUUGACUACCAAGUUGUAGCAUCAUUUGCCAUUCAAAAUGAGACAGUUACCUCAAUUACAGAAGCUUUAACAUUCAUUAAAAUACGGAAUCCACUAUGGCUCCCACAAACAUUUAUGGUAGACAACUGCGAUGAAGAAAUUCAAUCCAUCUUAUUUUUGUUUCCAAAUACGCAUCUUUUAUUAUGCGAUUUCCACCGGGAGCAAGCAUGGGUUCGAUGGUUAUCUGCUCAUAAUAAUGGACUACGAGAUAAAAAAGAAACAAUUUUAGUUAUGCUAAGAAAGAUUGCAUCAUCUGAACCAUAUGAUCUAUAUGAAGAACAUAUUAGAGAGUUAAAAGCGAGUGAGCUUUGGAAAAGGGAUAGUUCCAAGAAUUUUCGAAAUUGGCUCGACAAAACUUGGUUUCCAGUCCAUCAGGUACAAUAGAACAAUUUUAUUACUCAGAGGUAUUAAGA